GUUUUCCAGAGUCAGUUGCAUUUCAAUCGAGUGGACGGCAGCAUGUGGACUCUGUUGGCUCUCCUUUUUGUUGCUGGCGCGUUGAUUUAUGCCCGACUGCGUCGGCACUAUGACUACUGGCGUCGCAAGGGCGUGGCAGGGGAGAAACCUGUCCUCUUCCUGGGCAACAUGCAAGGCUUUGGCAAGAAGCUACACUGGACGGACAUCAAUUGGCGCAUUUAUCAGCAGUUUCGAGCAACAGAACGCUUCUGUGGCUACUUCACCUUCCUGAACAAAGCGCUUUUUGUGAUGGACCUGGAGCUGAUUAGGAAAAUAAUGAUAAGUGAUUUCAGCAGCUUUGCGGACCGUGGACUCUUUCACAAUGUCAAGGACGAUCCGCUGACCGGAAACCUGCUGUUUCUGGACGGGCCUGAGUGGCGCUGGCUGAGGCAGAACCUGACUCAGGUCUUCACCUCCGGCAAGAUGAAGUUUAUGUUCCCCACCAUGCUGAGCGUGGGGGAGAAGCUGACGCAGGCGUGCGAGUUGCAAGUCGGUGAGAUAGAGGCCAAGGACUUGUGUGCCCGCUUCAGUACAGAUGUCAUUGGCAGCUGUGCCUUUGGCCUGGAGUGCAACAGCCUUAAGGAUCCCAAUUCUGAAUUCCGUCGCAUGGGUCGCUCCGUGACAACCAAUCCUCUCCACUCGGGCAUGGCGCUGGCCUUCAUGUUUGGCCUGCCCAACCUGGCGCGGAUGCUACACAUGCGACUCUUCCGGCCCGAGGUGAGCGAGUUCUUCCUGGACACAGUACGCCAGACACUGGAUUACAGGAAGCGCGAGAAUGUGCAGCGCAAUGAUUUGCUGCAACUGCUAAUAGAACUGCGGGAAGAGGGCACCAAGGAUGGGCUCUCCUUCGAACAGAUUGCCGCUCAGGCCAUGGUGUUCUUCCUGGCCGGCUUUGACACCUCCUCGACAACGAUGUCAUUCUGCCUGUAUGAAUUGGCGCUGAAUCCCGAUAUUCAGGAAAGGUUGCGCAGUGAAAUCCUCGAGGUACUGGGUCGCAACAAUGACCGGCUGACCUAUGAGUCCAUUCAGGAGAUGCAGUACCUAGAUCAAGUGAUCGCAGAGACGCUACGGAAGUAUCCCAUACUGCCGCAUAUUGGGCGCAAAACUACCAAGGAAUAUCGUGUACCGGACAGCAAACUCACAUUGGAGCCGGGCACGAGAGUGAUUAUCCCCGUGCAUAGCAUACAGCACGACCCAGAGCUGUAUCCACAGCCGGAGAGCUUUGAUCCAAGUCGCUUCGAGCCGGAUCAGGUAAGGGCCCGUCAUCCGAUGGCCUACUUGCCCUUUGGCGAAGGUCCACGCAACUGCAUUGGGGAGCGCUUCGGUAAAAUGCAGGUGAAAAUUGGCAUUUCCUACAUUCUACGCGAUUUCAAAUUCAGCCAAACCGAACGCACCCAAAUCCCAUUGAAGUUCUCCAGUCGAACCUUUAUUAUAGGAACCCAAGCAGGCAUACACCUUAAAAUGGAAAAACUGGCCGCACCCUAAAAACUGAUAACGAGUGCCAAAAUCCAGAUGAUUACAUAUCUAUGUAUUUAAGACCCGGUAAUCGAUUGAUAAAGAGCUUCACACACAAAGAGAGAAAUAUGUACAAACGAACUGAACUUGAAACAGAAAUUACCUAAACAGUGGCUGUAUGUGAAACUUAUGGUAUUAAUUCAUUGCAUUGGUCAUAGAAUAAUAUUAAGAGAAAACACCUGUAAGAGAGCAUUGCAAAGAGUAAAUCAAAAUAAAGAAUAUUUGCUCA